AGCAGCCAGUUGGUGUACUGAACUGCGACAUUCAUUCAGUUAUUUACAAAAUAAUAACAAUCAUUCAAACAUGUUCUGGCAUGCAGUGAUUGCUCUGUCGUGUUUACUGGCGUACGCACACGGUCAUGGCCGAUUGAUGGAACCAGUGGGCAGAGGAUCUCUUUGGCGUACUGGCUUGUUCCGUGAUACACCACCCAACUAUGACGAUAAUGGCCUCAACUGCGGCGGUUUCCACCAGCAGCAUUUUAGAAAUAGAGGACGAUGCGGCAUCUGUGGUGACGACUACAACAGCGCGCAGCCUCGCGCUCAUGAGUUAGGCGGAACGUACGGCCAAGGACACAUCGUCGCUACUUACGAACAGGGCGAAGUCAUCAGCACCAAAGUCCACAUCAGUGCUUUCCAUAUGGGAUACUGGGAGUUUAGACUCUGCCUGGAUCCUAGCGACCAGACACAGGAAUGCUUCGCUAACUUCCUUCUGGAGUUAGAAGACGGGGGAACCAAAUACUACCCGAAAAGAGGUGGUUUCUAUGAAGUGAACUACCGCCUGCCUUCGAAUGUGGUCUGUGAGCACUGCGUGCUGCAGUGGAAGUACACGGCGGGCAACAACUGGGGCGUCUGUGCGGACGGCACGGGGGCCCUCGGCUGCGGCAACCAGGAGAACUUCUUCUCUUGUUCAGAUAUCACUAUUAAGCGCAGUGAAAAUAUUCCUUUAGACGUACCAAUUAUAAAUUUGAAUGGUGAGGGAAACUCCUAAAUGUGGAGAGAAACUGAUGUGUAAGUGCUGAGUUUAGUUUCACUAUAAGAUUACCUAUUUAAAAAGAACUAGACUAGAAAUUAAAAUCUAGAGGUACAAUCACAGAUACCAAUGGAGUAGUCCA